CGUGAUAGACACGGGAAGCACCUUGCGAGAACUGCAAAGCAGCUAGUGUGCGGAACAUGUUCAACGUCCAGCGGAGAAGGGGGUCUGUUAGUUACGGCGGGAGCGUCGGUACUCCCUGUCUGCAAGUGUCUUGAUGUGGUUCCACUGAUCACAUUGGAUGUCCCUGCUGGUAGCGUGCUGCUGCUUGAGGCACCAGUGUGGGCUUGCCGACGAGGAGGAUGUAGCGGCCUCACCAGAUGUCGUUUUCCACUCUGGGCAUUAGCGGUGCGCUGCGGGGAAGUGUCACGAUCACAGAUGGAGGUCGAAAGGUCAGGAAACUUACAUAUUUGCCUCGUGUGGCGAAGACGUCCACAAGGGGAAUCUUGUGUGUGCGAGGCGCAUGGCCCUCGGGAGCGGAGGAGCGAGAAAAGAGACGAUUCAUCAUAUUUUUGAUUCCGGACCCUUCUGCGUGGCGAGUGGUUGUAGCAGCACGGUUGUUGCGUCUAGCAAACUAUCAAAGGAUGAACCUACUGGUUUGUAUUGGAGCCCAUCUUGGGCGAGGCUGUGGACCUGGGAUGGUUUUCUGCAGGACGAAUUUACUCACCUGUUGGGACUCCUUCUCUGACUCGCUCAGAGGAACUGUCCAUGUACGAACGACCUUGUCCUUACGGCCUGUGGCGAUGAGCUGGCUGUCCUCGGAAAAGGCUACACCCCAGACGGUAUCAAGGUGCUCGAGUGGCUCGCCGAUGGGUUCGAAUGCGUUCAGGUCAAAGAACCGCGUCGUCUUGUCCCAUGAAGUGGUUGCGAAUUUGGUGCCAUUGGGAGUAAUGGAUAGUGAGUAAAAGGGAUCGGUAGUGUGCGCAUCGAACUGUUGGAUGAUGUCUCCAGUGGUAGCAUCUGAGAUCCGGAUGUCGUUGUCGUUCCCACUGAUGAGACGGAGACCAUCCGGAGUGAAUGCGACUUUGUAUGCCCGCUGUUCUAUUUUCAGCAACUCUUCUCCGGUUUCUGUAUUCCAAAUGAUGAUGUGUUUGUCGGUUCCUGCUGCAAGUUUUGUCCCAUCCGGGGAGUACGACACCGAGUGUGCAGCGUCGCCCACUCGGAGUGGUCCUGAGGACUAUUUUUCCUGUCUCCCUCUUCCACACGCAUACCGUUCUGUCCCACGAUGCACUUGCAAAUGUUUCACUGGCUGGCGCAAAUACAACAUCCCG